UCAUACCUUUUGGGAGCAAAAGGUGUGUCCAAUCGGCGGCCGAGACAUCAGUUCCUCAAUAAAUACAAUUACAAUGAGUCGAGUGAUCGACGAAUCGACGCCUUUUGAUGAUAAAUAUCGGUUGGAUUUAUGCAUCAAAACGGGUCGAUUCAGUUGUAUCUAUCGCUGCACUAAUAAGUAUAAGUGCGACAAAUUUGUGGUCAAAAUCAUUGAUUACUCAAAGUUCUCAUUCGACGACAACUUGUCUUUGGGCACAGUAAUGCGAGACGAGUGUCAAUGCUAUGAGAAAGUGGUUCACAAACACAUCGCACAGAUAUACGAGUCAUACGUACUCUCCAACAAAAUUGUAUGCCUUGUCUACGAAUUUAUUGACGGCAAUAAUCUAUUGGUUGAGAUCGUCAACAGAGCAAACGCUGGAUAUGUUUACAGUGAGAAUGUCAUCAGUUAUUAUAUGAACCAAGUAAUGGAGGCCAUAGAGUACUGCCAUAAGUCCGAUAUAAUUCACGGCAAUAUCAAAGCUGAAAACAUCUUAAUGGCUACUAAUAGUAGUGGCGCUCCGAUCAAGUUAUGCGGGUUUGGCCGCACUCUAGUCCAGCAUUACUUUCAACGAAGUCCUGUUCAAUAUUACACACAAAACAAUUUAUUCAAUUCUCUGUCAAACCCUUAUUUGGCUCCGGAAUUAAGCGAAGAAAAAGCAUUGUUCACAAAAAGCUCAGAUAUUUACAGCUGCGGAAUAUUACUGCUCACACUUCUGUGCGGCUCUUCCCUACACUUUGACCCACAAAUCGAUUUCUUCUCAAUUGAGGAGAAGAUAUGGAACAGUAUAAGUGAUAUCGCCAAAGAACUGGUGCUCAAAAUGCUUAAACCCAAUCCAAAUGCACGAAUCACUGCUCAGGAUGUGCUAGAUCAUAAAUGGCUUUCUAUUUUUGACUUUAUAUCUAAAUCAAUAAAGGAGUGGAAACUAUCUAUUCCUGAAUUGAGUGCCUUCGAGACAUUUGAAGAGGCGUUACUCCGAACACAAGAUAUGAUAUCAGAAAUACUUGUAAAUGAGUCCACAUAUGAUUGUUCCAGUGAUUCAAAUCAAUUGGAAAAUAGUAUCUCAAGUCAUGAGAUCGACGAUAAUAUUAGUCCUCUUCGAUUGGUUCAGUUCCAGAAGACAUCCAACGAACCGAUGGGUAUCACACUUAAGCUCGACGAGUGGGGCCGAUGUGUGGUCUCACGGGUGAUGUUGGGCGGACUCGUCGACAGACAGGGUACUCUACAUGUCGGUGAUGUGAUCCGUGAAAUUAAUGGGAUUCCUGUCUCUAAUCAAUCGGUUGAGAGCUUACAAACUCUAUUGAGAGACUCUAAAGGAAAUGUGUUCUCAUUUAAAAUACUGCCUAAUGGUAGACAACGAAAUCAUUCCUCACACUGCGAGUCCUACUUUAGGGCACAAUUCGAUUACAAUCCCAAAGACGAUGAACUGAUACCUAGUGUUGAGGCGGGGCUUACAUUCAAUACGGGAGAUAUUCUGGAAGUGAUUUGCAAAGACGACUACUAUUGGUGGCAAUCGAGGAAAGAGGGCGACAAAGGGUCGGCCGGACUCAUGCCAUCACCAGAACUGGUCGAAUGGCGGGCCACUCAUGACGCCAACCAAAAGGUGAAGAAAGACGGCGCGAACUGCACUUUCUUCGGCAAAAAGAAGAGACGCGACAAAUAUUUGAUCAAAAGAAAU